AUGUUGGGCAGUCGUCUAAGCGCUGCAGCGUUAUCAGCGCGUAUUUUACGCGGAGUCUAUAACUAUGCCAAUCUGAUGGGCAUUAUACACUUUGAACUGCGUGGCAAUGCGCUGGAUGGCAGUCUGCUGGCCAUGCCCUGCUUCUGGCUUAAAUGCUUGAGUGUGCUGCUGCGCAUCUUAUGCUGCAUAGCUUAUACAUAUCUGUCGAUUGGCUAUAUAAUGACAUUGGAGAAUAUGCAUUUGGCGUUGAUUGCAGCGCUGCGGCUGCUUGGCUGCAUUAGCUGCGCGGUCCUAAUGUUGCUGCUGCAGCUUAGGCAUGGACAGCGCGUGUUGCGUUUAGUUAAUCGCUAUCUAAGACUCUUUAGACGUUUGCGUGCUUUGUUGCAAGUGCCACCACAUGGCGCACUCUUUGGUGGCAAGCGUGAGUUGCUGCUGUUGUGCAGUUUAGUGCUAUGUCUUGCAUAUGAAAGUUUCUGUCCUGUGCCUGGACUGCUGCAGAAUUUGACGCUCUUCGAAGCUUUCUUUAGCCUGUGCGAAGUUUAUAUAACAGUGGGUGCUGCUAUGAUUCUGCACAUUUGCUUUGUUGGCUACCUCAGCUUGGGUGUGCUCUACCAGCAGCUCAAUCGGUUUGUGCGCCAGCAGCUGAGACAGCAAUUGCGUCGGCUGGAGCUGCAGCGCAACCAGUUGACACGUCAGCAACUGCGAGCUGCUGGCUGUUGCCUGGACGAGUGCAUCAGCAUCUAUGAUGAAGUGCAGCGUGUUAGUCGCAGCUUUCAGCGUUUGUUCGAUCUGCACAUGUGUCUAAUGCUGCUCUUUGGUUUUCUCAGCAUGGGCUGCGUUUGCUAUUACAUUAUGUUGAGCAAAUUUAAUUGCACUUCGUUGUGGAUACUUGUUGCUAAAAUGUUGGCAGACAUUGUGCUGCUCACGCUGGCGGUUCAAGGCGCUGGCAGCUACUCCAGAGUAGUUAAGCGUUUAAGUGUGGAAAACUUUUACAUCACAGAGCGCAGCGAGUGGCAUAAAAAGCUGGAAAUGUUUCUGGGUCGUCUAAACAUAUUUGAAUUCCGCGUACGUCCCUUGGGCUUGUUUGAGGUCUCCAAUGAGCUUAUAUUGCUAUUUCUAUCGGGACUGGUUACCUAUCUGACGUAUAUUAUACAGUAUGGACUGCAAACACAAUAA